CUCCUACAAAAAAAGAAAAACAAAAACGACAUAAUAACCCUUCUCAAACUUAGGGCACAUGCAACUUGGUAAAUCUCGCAAUCAUCAAUCACGACAGACCGACAAACACGAACAAAUGUUACGGCUAUUUACACGUUCAAUCCAUACGAUCAAGAUGUCUAGUUCAAAUACUCCUCCAAUUGGCAUAUCUUCUUCCGCCAGCCUUCAGGUAUCCGCAGCCGAUCUUGCUAGUGCCAUUUCGGCCGACGCUCAAGACGCAUUUCCCGCCGUGUUCGCAACAUCCCGUCUCGUGGCCUUGAUGGAAAUCGCCAGUGCGCGUGUGCUCCAGCCGUACCUAAAAUCUAGCGAGCUGUCUGUUGGCGUAACCAUCGAUGUCUCUCAUACUGCACCAACGCCUCAAAAUGCGCCUGUAACUGCCAAGGCGACAUAUACCGGCAAAGAGGGCAAGCUCUUCGUGUUCGAUGUUAUAGCUACGGAUGAUGGUGGCGAGGUCGGGACGGCGGUGCAUAAAAGAGCAAUUGUUGAUGCUCAGAGGCUCGUGGCCAAGGCAGGUAAAAGGAUCACAGAAAAGCAUCUGGAGGGACUGUGAGAAAUUGUUCCUUGGAAAGCUUCAAUGAUAGCAUCAUGCCUGAAUGUUGCUUGCAAACCGUAUAUACGCUACAGUAUACACAUUACUUUCGCUUCCAUGUUCGAGAGCUUGGGGAUUUGCGUGGUUUUUCGACUUGCUGUUUUUGGCACUUGCCGUUUUCGGACCUCCUUGAAUAGUUCAAGUUGUUCAGGGUUACUCAGCUUCAACUUUGGGGGAAUUCCUUUCAUCAA